CACGUGUGACGGAGUGCUGUGUUCGCGGCUCACUGGCUCUGCCGCUCAGUUCCGCCUGCCGUCCAACUGCCUGUUUGCAUCCGCCAGUCACUGCCUGGAGCUGGGUCAGAUAUGGAGGGAGACGGGAGCCAAACCACAUUAGGAAGUCCGACCGAUCCGCUGCACGACCCGGGGAAAAUGUUUAUCGGUGGCCUCAGCUGGCAAACUUCACCAGACAGCCUUACAGAUUAUUUUAUUAAAUUCGGGGAAAUCAGAGAAAGCAUGGUGAUGAGAGAUCCAACGACAAAACGGUCAAGGGGUUUUGGCUUCAUCACUUUUGCAGAUGCUGCCAGCGUAGAUAAAGUGUUAGCACAGACGCAGCACGAGUUAGACUCUAAACGGAUUGACCCUAAAGUUGCCUUUCCUAGACGCACUCAACUCAAGAUGGUCACAAGAACAAAGAAAAUAUUUGUAGGAGGAUUGUCAGCCAACACAGUAAUUGAAGAUAUGAAGCAGUAUUUUGAACAGUUUGGGAAGGUUGAAGACGCCAUGCUAAUGUUUGACAAAACCACCAACCGACAUAGAGGUUUUGGCUUUGUAACAUUUGAAAUAGAGGAUGUGGUGGAGAAAGUCUGCGAGAUCCAUUUUCAUGAAAUCAAUAAUAAAAUGGUAGAAUGUAAAAAGGCCCAGCCUAAGGAAGUGAUGUUUCCUCCCGGGAUGCGAGGACGGACAAGGAGCCUACCAUACACAAUGGAGGCCUUCAUGCUGGGCAUGGGCAUGCUAAGUACGCACACAGUUUGUUGUUAUCCUAACAUUGUGUCUACUUAUGGCAGAGGCUACACUGGUUUUGCCCCAAGCUAUAGCUACCAGUUCCCAGGCUUCCCAGCUACAGCGUACGGACCAGUUACAGCAGUGGCAGCAGCUCGUGGAUCAGGGUUCCCUGAUUAUGGGUUGUAUUCUGCAUCUGGACCUGGCAGUGACGUGCGGGGAGGAGCCCCUUACUCCCUGGCUGGCUAUGGCUCCCUGGGGGCCCAGACGGCUGCUGAGAUCCUGCCCAGUGAGCAUGCAAGCUCGGCCUGCAACUCUCCCAGCUCCCUCCAGGACAUCCUACACAGCCCGCAACCUUUUAAGAGCCCAGGAACCCACCCAAUUCGGCCUGGAACCUUUCCUGGUGCCAACAGUCCUGGUCCUGUAGCCGACCCCUAUGGAACCGCCAGACAGGACUCUGGUGUGGGCAACUAUAUCAGUGCCACCAGUCCUCAGCCAGGAUCUGGUUUCAGCCACAACAUUGCGGGUCCACUGAUUGCGACAGCUUUUACGAAUGGAUACCACUGAAAACUAACAGGUUAUUGCAGACACUGUGUCUAAAUGUGCUGACACAGCUAUUCACAAGGUUUGUACCAGCACAGAACACUGGUACAGUACUAGUACUAGCACAGUGUACUACUGUUUAUAGUGUGUAUGUAUUCAAAAUGGCAUGCCCUUUGAAAAGUUGUCAAUACGUUGAUUUCCAUUCUAAUCUUUUCUUUCUGAGAUGCCUGUUGUUUAUCGUAAACCACCCUUGGCUUGACUCAUGUAUGCAUACAAACUUCCUUCAAACUCUGCGUUAUAUAGGUCCACCUGCUGUUGCUUUCUCUGAUAUUUCCCAUUUAGUCUAAUAUAGGCAGAGGGUGGCUCAGUUAUACAUCUGGUUCCUCCUCUGCUUUCACGUACUUAGUAUUCACAUUACUAUACAAUGGUGCUUUUACAUUUUUUUUUACUUGACUAAAUAAAACUAGAUAAAAUACACAAUAUAUACAUAUGUGCAAGUCUGGUACUCUUUCUGGGGUCCUCAAACCCAGACUUUAAAUCUCCUUUAAUCUCAUGUUGCCAUAUCUAAACAUGGAGAAUAUCAUACGCUUAGUUUUGAUGAUGAAUUUUGUUUUGAUGAUAAAGCCCUUCUUGUCAUUCACACACCGUGGAAAAUGCUAAUGGUAGCCUUCAGUUAUUGUUUGUGCAUGUUCAGGCUGAGGUCUCUUGGAAGUUGAAUUGAUUUGAACACAUACAUAUAUAUAAAGAGAAUUGAUUUGUUCUCAUAUAGUAACAUGACUGAUUUAAUCUUCUCACUGUAUUUUAAGAGGUGUCAGUCACAUGUGAUUGGCAGCUAUUCCACCAGCCUUUUCCCUGAGUGCUGUAGGCUACUUUAAACCCACAGCCCCUUGAUUGCCCUUUUUUUUGUCCAUGUAAUGUUUCCCUUCAUUUUUUCCACAAUGUGAGUGGUGCAGCUGUCACCUCCACCUGCCAACUCCAAAUUGAAGUUGCUGUUAGACAUGCACUGAACUCCGGAGAACCUCCGGACAUUCUCAGGAGGGGCUGUAUGUGAGGAUGCAAGACCCUCCAGAUUUUCUAUGGCCAGCCCCCAGUAAAAACUCCAGACAAUGUAAUGUCAGAAUGAGCCUGUCUGAGAACACAGCAGGAGAUCCUUUGCAAGAUUCAAAGCAAAUCAGUGGAUGUGUUGAAGUCGUUUCUAACAUGUGACAGACACAAAACUGAAAAAAACCCAAAAGGAAUACAUGUAUCUCAGGAUAUAAAAGCGGUGCCUUAGACAAAGAAGACACAGACGAAGAUGUCAAGAGAGCAUUUGGUGAUAAGAGCUGAUGCUGGUGUCGAUGUGCUGUAAACACAACACGUGAUCUCCGCAGCGGAAUUAAUACAUUACAUCUGGCCUCUGCCUGCUGCUCCACUCCUCACCUGAAUAAUACGUAGAUUUCUAUGUUGUUGCGAACGUGGCUGAGCUGAGAAUCACCUGUGGCGAACUCCAAAGACAGUCCAGGUGACUUUUUGAAUAGCAGUUUCAUACCCAGAUACCACGGCAGUGCAGACAAAAGCUGCUUUCAUAUGUAUGACAAUAAAACCUUUAACUUUUCUUGACAUUACCUAGAGGAACUGUAUGUGUAAACACAAAUGUCUGAAUUUGUUGAAGCAGACAAUAAAUGAACUUAAUUCUGCCUGUUCAUGUCUGACUGAGACCAUGAACAAACAGAUAAAAAGCUGUAACCAGCUGAUACUAAACACAGAUUGACCAUACACUGUCCAGCCAGGUUUUGACCUCUAGUUGGUACUUUGGCCUCGGUUUACUCCAAAACUACACAGUAAAAGUACUUAAUACUAUUUGUGCAAGUGAUUGCAAAAAUUCAAGGCCUCUAAACAUCUUAUGAAAGACCUUUUGUAUCAGAGUAGAUAUACAAGACUUUAAAUAACUUCAAGUUACAGUUGAUAUUUAUAAAUUGGUAAAGUUAAAACAUUUUUAGACUUUGGGUGAAUUGAAUCCAAUCAAGUUUAAUAUCAAUCUUCGUUGUGGAGUUUAAGGCGCUGUUGCAGGACGUGAACACGUAGAGGGAGAGCAGGGGCUGGCUUGGGCAGAGUGUGUGAGACUCUCCUCUCUUCUUCUCAGGAAAGAUGCACUUUGCUCUCAUGCAUUAAUCAUGGAAUCAUGCAUUCCUAACUCAUAUGAAGCUUAGUACUAUUAUGUCUCUUUGCUUUCAAGUAUGGCUACCAGCCAUUUUUCUAGAUACUAAGAUUACAAAUAAAACUUGUAAUAAUGCAUGGAAUUAUGGUUUAAGUGAAAGACCGGACAGAAUGGUUUGUGACAGGAUUGUCGUGUGAAAAAGUCUUAAAAAAUGUUCAGUAUUUUCAGGAAGUAAACUUUAUAUAGUCAGAUAUGAAAUAACAUAUACUGUCAGAUUUUUCUUUUUGUGGCAGAUUCGGGAUACUAGAUUAUGUUAUUUCAUAUCAUAUCUUUGCUUAUCUUAAGAGUAUGAUGUUUUAAAAUCUAAUGGCCAGAUGUCUGUGGAAGUGAUGCUGGUACAGCUAUUAGAAAUCGUAUUUUCUCUCAAAUCUGGGUGUACGCAUUUUCAUUGUAUUAUUCCCUCAAAACAAACUUCUGUAACUUCUGAUAUCUGUAUUUCUCUAAUUAUGUAGUUUUGUGCUGGAUGUGACAUGGCAGACAAAAACUCGUGUGAGGCAUUUGACAUGUUUUCUCAAAUGAAUUAUAUUAUAAUUGUGUUAGUCUUUGUUAUUAAAAGGACAUGAAGUGAAUCUUCUUGGGCCAUAAUUUUAUAUUUCUGUUGCAUUUGUGACGACUAGGUGCUCAGAGUUGGUUUGCUGCCCCCAGGUGUAACUAAAUCAGUGGCCACUUUAGGGGGAACCUUUAUUAAUGAAGCUCACUUUCUGUGACCACCAACUGAUUUUAUGUAUAUUAUGUAACUAUUGAUGAUUCAAUUACACUUCAGACUUUAAAACAUCAUUGUCUAAAGAAAAUGUCAUUUUUUAUACUGAUACUGUCAUUUUCUAAUAGAAAAAUAUUCGAACAUCCUUUUAAUUUAAAGGGAUAGUUCACCGAAAAAUGAAAAUUCACUCAUUAUCCAUUAACCACUUUGCCGAUGGAGGGGUGGUUGUUUGAGUCCACAAAACACUUCUGGAGUCUCAGGGGUAAACAGCGUUGCAGCCAAAUCCAAUACAAUUGAAGUCAAUUGCGACUGCUUCCUCAGACGUAAUAAUACAGAAAAAAAGUAACAUGCCUCCAUACUGCUCGUCGACAUUCAUAUUCGAUUCGAAACAAGGUCAUUUACACCAUGUUUUAAGUCCACUGGAAGUGGCUAUGCUAGCGGACAUAGUCACACGAACGUGUCUGAGUGUCUGCGUGUUUCCGGUUGUGGACACUUGGAUGACACCACACGAGCAGUAUGGAGGCAUGUUAUGUUUUUUGCUUUCUUAUGAGUAGAAUUGUGUUAUGGUCAGACAAUCCUGUGACUAAUUGUUCUUCUUCUUUCUGUGUAAAUAUGUUUUUGGUAGCAAAAACAAGAAACAAUCUAGAAACAAUCACGAACAAAGCUGAACAUGUAAAUUUGGUCUUAAAGUACACUCUUGGAAACCUGCUGAUACCCUGUGCUGUGUGUGAAAUAAGACACUACAAACACCAUGUUGUGAAUGUUCUGUCAAGCAGAGAAAAAUUGUCUUUGAAGUUGACUGGCUUUUGGUCAUGGAGUACAGUUUCUCAACUACUGUGUGCAGGUGAUGCCUGACGGCACUAACCACUACAACAUCCAUGCAGUGAGCCAGGGUGGAGGGGACACCAGAUGAAGAACAGCACGAAAAAAGUCAGAAAUCAUCACAGGAAAAAAAGACACACCGAUCCCUCUGACUGUACUGGAGUUAUUGUGUAGAGAUUUACUGGUUUAUUUUUCUUUAGAAUUUUUUUUCAAAAAUUAAGUUGCUUUUCUGGAACUGUGACCUUUUUGUUGUGGAUUUAGAAUCCGUAACUUUUAAGUAUUUAGUUCUGAUUAUUUAUGUGCAUUUGUUUGUUUUGAUCCUCCAAUGAGAAAGCAAUGUAUGUUUACUACAUUGUAAACAUACAUUGCACAUACAUCUCUCUCUCUCUCUCUCUCUCUCUCUCUCUCUCUCUCUCUCUCUCUCUCUCUCUCUCUGUGUGUGUGUGUGUUUGUGUGUAUGUGUGUGUGUUAGCUGAGACACUAUGGAUACUUGAUGAUUGACAGGUUGUCAGUUUGCACAUACAAAGACAUUGUAAGUAAACCCAUGGGACUCACAAGAGACAGUAUUGGUUCAUUGAAACAACAGAAGACACCAGUAACACUUAGUAGCUUUGGUUCAAGCAAUGUGGUCACUAAACAUACGUAUUUUUGGCAAUAAGAGGACUAAAUAUUUUCACAAGUCCACUUUUAUAAAUGUUUUUCUGUCUGGAGAAAAAAGAAAAUUCUGUCCUUUUAAUACUACAUCAGAUUUUAAAACAAGUGUGUAAAUGUAAAUUGUUUUCCAUUAAUUUAGUGAUAUAGAGAGGUGGGUGACUAGGCAAAAGCUCCACAUCACACUGAAUGGGAGGACAUCAACUGUCCCACUGGAGUCCCAUUUACAUCUCACAACGAGUGAGGUAACAACAAUCCAGUUACAGAUCCACUUUGGGUUCCAAAAGUCUGAUUCCAUUUUUGGAACAUGUAUGCUCUUUGCUUUUCAACCGUGGUUAACUUAAUGCCAGCAUAUCUAUCUAUCUAUCUAUCUAUCUAUCUAUCUAUCUAUCUAUCUAUCUAUCUAUCUAUCUAUCUACAUGAUGAGCUACAGUGUGUACACUGAAAAAUGCAACUCAAGGUUGUUGUAACACAAAUGUGUGUGGAUCUGAGCUCUGACACCCAGCAGACAGGUUCUUCUCAUUCUCUCUGUGACGGUGACUCUGGAGCUCAGCAGCGUUCAAAGAAUCAAUCCGAAGCACAAGAGAUAUUUCUGGGAGCACCAGACUCAUCAGCGGUUUGCUUAUGUUUCUUGUUUUGUCUGAUACACUCUAAUUGUCUAAACUGGUGUCUCACAAAUGUUUGAUAUAUUUUUGGCAACUUGUAUUUCUUUCUAAGUAAAUGGAAUGCAUUUAUAAAGCA